GAGAUGAACGCCAGCAGUCACGUGAGACUGCAGUAACGUGACUUUCGCAAACGGGAAGUUCGAGACGGGAGAACUUCUCACAAACACGUCUGGUUCGUGCCGGUUAGCAGUCACCGGUCAGUCCGUCGGCACGGGGCUGGGCAGCCUGAGAGACAGCAGGUCGGAGUCCAGCGGAAUUUAGGAGGCAGACAGGCAACUAUGGGCUCCAUGUUUCGCAGCGAGGAGGUGUGCCUAGUGCAGCUCUUCCUUCAGUCGGGCUCGGCCUACAAUUGUGUCAGUGAGCUGGGAGAGCUGGGCCUGGUUGAGUUCAGAGACUUAAAUCCUAAUGUGAACGCCUUUCAGAGGAAGUUUGUCGGCGAAGUCAGACGAUGUGAAGAACUUGAGAAAACCUUUACCUUCCUGGAGCAGGAGAUCAAUCGCUCACUGUCUCCACCCUUGCAGGGUCCCAUCCCUCCUCCAUGCCCGACACCUUCGGCCCCUCAGCCCCGUGAACUUAUCACCAUAGAGGAGGAGAGCGAGAGGCUGGCCAGAGAGCUCAAAGAAGUGUCUAGGAACAGAGACAGCCUCCGGGCUCAGCUGACCCAGCUCUGUCAGUACCGAGGUGUCCUGACCAGAACACACUCUCUGACAGCCUCACAGGCACCGCCACCUGUACUGGAAAGCCAAGGCCUGUUUGAUAACCGCCAAGAUAUCCACCUCAGUUUUGUGGCAGGAGUGGUCCAUCCUUGGAAGGUCCCCUCAUUUGAACGGUUGUUAUGGCGGGCGUGUCGGGGUUAUAUUAUCGUGGAUUUCAGGGAAAUGGAGGAUCGACUGGAGCACCCAGACACGGGGGAAAUGGUGCAAUGGACAGUGUUCCUCAUUUCCUAUUGGGGAGAUCAGAUUGGACAGAAAGUCAAGAAGAUCUGUGAUUGUUUCCGCACACAGACUUUUGCAUACCCUGAGAGCACUGCUGAGAGGGAGGAGAUUCUCCAGGGACUUCAAGGCAGAAUUGAAGAUAUCAAAUCAGUGUUGUCACAGACCGAGGCCUUCCUGCAGCAGCUGCUGCUGCGGGCGGUGGCUGUGCUGCCCCAGUGGAAGGUGCGGGUUCAGAAGUGCAAGGCGGUCCAGAUGGUGCUGAAUCUCUGCAGCCCUUCCGUCACUGACAAAUGCCUGAUCGCUGAGGCCUGGUGUCCCGUUGCCAAGCUGCCUGAACUGCAGAGCGCUCUGAGAGAGGGAGGGAGAAAGAGUGGAAGUGGGGUCGACUCUUUCUACAACCGCCUCCCUUCCUCCACCCCUCCACCCACCUUGUUUCCCCUCAACUCUUUCACAGCUGGUUUCCAGAACAUUGUUGAUGCCUACGGAGUGGCCAGCUACCGUGAAGUCAAUCCAGCGUUGUACACCAUAAUUACAUUCCCCUUCCUGUUUGCCGUGAUGUUUGGGGAUGUGGGUCAUGGUUUAUUGAUGACUCUGGGUGCCCUCUGGAUGGUUCUUGAGGAGAAAGACCCGAAACUUAAGAGCAACAACAAUGAGAUCUGGAGAAUGAUGUUUGGAGGAAGGUAUCUGAUUCUGCUGAUGGGACUGUUCUCUGUCUACACCGGGGCCAUUUACAACGAGUGCUUCAGCAGAGGCCUCAGCACAUUCAGCUCAGCGUGGCAUGUCGGCCCGAUGUUUGAGAACAACAUAUGGAAUGCAUCAGUCCUGGCAGAGAACCAGUACUUGUCCAUGGAUCCUGUUGUGUCCGGUGUUUUCACCAGCCCUUAUCCAUUUGGCAUUGACCCGAUUUGGGGCCUGGCCAACAACAAACUGACUUUCCUUAACUCGUACAAGAUGAAAAUGUCAGUCAUCAUCGGUAUCAUUCACAUGACUUUUGGAGUCUGCUUGUCAUUCUUCAAUUACUGGCACUUUGGCCAGAUAAGCAGUGUGUUCUUUGUGCUGAUCCCAGAGCUGUUCUUCAUGGUGUGUCUGUUUGGUUACCUGGUGUUCAUGGUGGUCUUCAAGUGGAUUGCCUAUACUCCCGCCCAGUCCAAAAUUGCUCCCAGUAUACUUAUCCACUUCAUAGACAUGUUCCUCUUCACAGACAACCCUGACAACCCACCACUCUAUAAGGGACAGAUGGUGGUGCAGAAGAUCCUGGUGGUUCUGGCUCUGUGCUCAGUCCCGGUCCUCCUGCUAGGAAAGCCGCUGUAUGAAUACGUCACAUUCAAGAGAAGACGACGUCAAGUGGAGGAAGAAAGACGUCCGCUGGUGGCUGACGACGGCUCCAUCAAUACUCAUCAAGGGGAGGUGGGGGGAGGAGCUGCUGAAGAGGAGUUUGACGCUACAGACAUGUUCAUGCAUCAGGCCAUCCACACCAUAGAGUACUGCUUGGGCUGCAUCUCCAACACCGCCUCUUACCUCCGACUCUGGGCUCUCAGUUUGGCACAUGCACAGCUGUCAGAGGUCUUGUGGGUGAUGGUGAUGCGUCUUGCCCUUAAGUGGCAGGGCUAUGUGGGAUCUGUGGUCCUUUUUGUGAUUUUUGCCUUCUUUGCUGUGUUGACCGUCUCCAUUCUGCUGGUUAUGGAGGGCCUCUCAGCUUUCCUCCACGCGCUCCGCCUGCACUGGGUGGAGUUUCAGAACAAGUUCUACAGUGGAACAGGCUACAAGCUGAGCCCUUUCUCUUUCUCGUCUCUGAUCAAUGCAUCAGCUCCUAUAUGAUUGGCCAAAUUAUUACUUAGUAUUGCCAAAUGGUUACAUUAACUUAUGUAUAUUAUCGAGUACUUGGACUGCAACACUUAAGAAUGACCAUCUUAACAGUGGUAUUAUAUUACCUGUAGGCUAUGAAAUGGUUUAAUUGACUUGCACAGUGAUCAUGAUGACUUUUUGCAUCAGUAGAAUGAGAAUGAGUCCCUAUAUAAUUAAUCAUAUUUUUUUCAUUCAGUGAAAUGAAAAAAAUAUACUUUUGUAUCCCCUUGCAAUUUUUUUCUGCUCUGUGUCAUGUAUUGCUUUAUAAUUUCUUUCAGUUGCUCAAAGAUAGUAAUCAAUUAUUCCUCACUUUAUAAACAUUAUAAUCAUCAAUUAUGAAAAGGGAAAGCACAUCAAUUAAUAAUUCUGUUCUGCAGUUUAAGGGAACAUGUGAGUGUUGAAUUGGUGUAUUGUGCAUCAAUAAGCCAGUUCUGUAGGAUUCGUCAAAUGCCAGCAGGGAAUUAUCGCAAUGAUGUUCAUGAACCAAAGGUACUCUCCACGCAUUGUCAUGUCUUCCAAGCACAACACACAACAGGUAUUUAUUGGUGGUAAAGGUGUUUUUCAGGUGCCUUACUGGGACUGAGUGCUUGUUUAUCCAUGAAGUCUUGAGGAUAAAUGAUACCAUCCAUUAUCAUGUAACUACUUUAAAAAGCACUCUGCCUUGGACAUUUGUCUCUCUUUUUCUGCAGGUUUGCACUGUAAAAUCUGAACUGAAAUUAAAUAUGUUUUUCUUGUUU